CCAGGAUUUAAUUACUCUGUCGCUGCCAGUUUUAAGAUAUAAUACAAUUAUAUGUAAAUAGAAGAUAAAUUACAAUAAUGCUUGCUUUCUGUGUCAGUGAUUAUUUAUGACAAGUAGUGUAGAAUAGGUUGAUAACAGAAUAGGGCUAUUUUGUGAAUUCUGUUUUUACAAUUAAUAUUUCAACAUUAUAUUUUUCCUAAGCGUAGUAAUAACUUAUAAAAUGCUAAAACAAAUCAAACUGAUUUUAAUCGCAAAACUAUGUGACGCUUCUGCUCCAGCAGACGGCAGCAACGCGCCAAACGAGAGUUAAUGCGCCUGCUGAAGUCCGUGAAGAAGAGCGAGCGCAGUACAUACAGUACAUGCGCCUCUCGGAUUGAUAUUUACGAGUUUUGGCUACUUAUCUUUAAACUUUACUGCUGAAUUAAAAUAUUAGCGUGAAACAAUGAACACUUUACUGAACAAGGUUUUAUUAUUGCAGAACACACGGGCGCUGGUGUGUACAGCAUCAUUGGUUCAACGUCAGGUGUUAACUACACAGAUGCCUUUGAGUGUAUUACUGACUAACAGACAGUAUAGAUCAAUGCCCACACAUGGUAUUGGAAAAUACAGACAUCUUCUUCCAAAAGUAUUGCCAAAGAAGAAGAAAGAAAGAGUUCAGGCGAAGCAGAUCAAGGUGGCGACGGCAACAGAGUUUGGUUUGUUUAAUGUUUGUGUUUCCGGCUAUGACAUGACUGUAGUGGAACAUUACUCCCAGUACAUCCACAAUCUCUGCAAUCAUUUGGACAUCACAGUCGAUGAAAGCUAUGCCCUGCCUACGAAAAGCACAGAGGUCAUGGUGAUGCAGGAGCAAGGCACUAAGAUGCAUGUAGAUGCAGUCCUGAAAACCCAUGAGCGUGUUGUUCAGGUCAGUGAAAUGAAGGCAACACUUUUUCCCAUAUUUAUGGACGCUGUUCUGAAGAAUCAGCCUGAGGGUGUGCAACUCUGUGUAAAGCAGCACACGGAAACAGAUUUUGAAGCCCGGUUCAAGACACGACCUGAGCUUGAGGGGCUUCUUGCAAAAAUUAAUAAUUAAUAAAUUAUUGUAAAAUGUUUUUCAUGUGAAAUGACAAGUGUCAGACAGUUUUCUACCCUAUGUGUGCUGUAAUGAAUCUGUGAAGCAAUAAACUACCCCCUGAAUGUUUUCCAUA